AUGACCGGCUCCCUCGUCAACAUCUACAAGAGCCAUGUGCCAACCAGUAACGUCGAAUACGUCUACUAUGAGUACGACAUAGGGGACGGAGGCUGUCACUCUCCCGGCUCACCCUGGCUGGAGAAAUGGGUUGAACUGCCUCAAGACCGUGAUCCAAAGCUCGACACGUACGCCGCACUCAUUUUCUUCAUUUUCGGAGUAAUCGGAUUCCCGCUUUCCCUUUAUGCUUUUUAUGUCAUCUACCGCAAGAAGGAGCUGUCCUUCGGCUCCAGGCUGUUCCUUCUCUUUGUGUGCUAUAUCCGCGCGACUGAAUCGUUGUUUGAUGGCUUCAAAGUGCACUGUAUUAUUACGUGGUGGUGCAUCAACGUGGAGAAUUCCCCGUUCAGCGGGUUUGUAUUCAACAACCUGAUCACCAGCUAUCAUAUCGGCGUGUCCGACACGGUACGCUUCUUGUCGGCUGGGCUGACGGUUAAUCGGGAUGAAGCAACGGGUCACAUCUGCCGUGGGGGCUACUGGUUCAGUGUCGGUGAACUGAUGAUGGUUUAUGAACCCGGCUGGAACCCAGAGUUCUUCCCGAUAAUGCAGUAUUCAAGUACCUUUAUUGGAUACGUGUAUUGGGCCACCUUCGCCGUCGACCUGACAACGCUUUGGAAAAUCAGGCGGAUGAUGAUGGUCGACUGGUUCUCCAAUAUCUGGAGGCUGGCCUUCCCCUGGCUAAUGUCCUUGCCGGACUGGACGCACAUCUCAAUAAUUCGCAUCAUGACAAACGACGGCUUCCUGGCGUUCGAACGCAUUUUUCAGAUG